GUUCAUAAUGUCGGCGGCUUGUGGUUUGUGUGUGAGGGGGUUUCCUCACUUUGCAGCAGACACCACUCUUCCCUCCUGCUGCUUGCUCUCUGUUGUUGGGCUCCCAUAUCACUCGCUCAGCACCUCCAGCUCGGUGUUGUUGCUGCUGUUGUUGUCGGUGAUUGUGGUGGCUGUGACUCCGCACACGCUGGGACGUUAUUAACGCAGCAGUAGCAGUUGUUGUUCUUGUCCGCUGCUUUUGAGGCAGCGCAUUCUCUGUUUUCUUUGCCCUUCCCCCUUCCUGUUCGUGGUCGUCCUUGACCAAUGAGUCGCUUCUUGUCGCCCCUGACACGGGGCCUGCGCGGCGCUGCUGGUUCAGCUGCCAUGCCCGCGUCGUCGAGAAUGACCACCGUGCGCGCGCAUGGUGUGGCCACCUCUGGUGCCCGCGCCUCUGCCGCGCCCAUGUCUCCCAUCGCACACUUCGUCCGUGCACUGGCCAGCCAACCCUCACCAACCGAGGCCUUUCUCAACGGCACAUCCACGCCAUAUGUUGAGGCCAUGCAUGAGGAAUGGAAGAAGGACCCAAACUCCGUACACGCUUCCUGGCGCAAGUUCUUUGAGCUUGAGGGCAAGGGCUACGGCAAGGGUGCCUCCUACACACCCCCGCCAGGCAUGAACGCCGCCACACCUCUGAGCCCAGAGAUUGCCGGCGACAUGUCCCUUAACGACAUCCUCGCACAUGUCAAGGUUGAGCGACUGAUUCGUGCAUAUGAGGUUCGCGGCCACAACAUUGCGGACCUCGACCCCCUCGGCAUCCUCCACGCAGACCUGGACGGCGACAUCCCGCCUGAGCUGCAGCUCGAUUACUACCACUUCACCGAAGCUGACCUCAACCGCGAGAUUGUUCUUGCGCCCCGCCCCAUCUUCAAUGACGCGAGCAAGAUGACGCUGCGUGACAUCAUUGCCACGCUCAAGCGCGUCUUCUGCCGUGACAUUGGCUUUGAGUUUAUGUUCAUUCAGGAGCGCGACCGUGUGCUGUGGCUGCAGGAGCAGAUCAAGAACUCUGACGAGCGCUACAGCCCGGAGAAGCGCAAGGACAUUCUUACAGACCUCAUCCAUGCCGGCGGCUUUGAGGACUUUUUGAAGAAGAAGUACGUGAGCGAGAAGCGGUUUGGCAUUGAGGGCUGCGAGAGCCUGAUUGCCGGUAUGAAGAGCAUGCUCUUCAAGGGCCACGAGCUCGGCGUCGAGUAUGCAGUGCUCGGUAUGCCGCACCGUGGGCGCCUCAACAUCCUCCACAACGUCAUGCAGAAGCGUGGCGAGGUCAUCUUCAACGAGUUUGCCUCCCGUCUCGAGCCAGACGACGAGGGCUCUGGUGACGUCAAGUACCAUCUGGGCAUGUCCUCUGACAUCAGCUUCCCGAACCGCGAGGGCACGAUGCACCUGUCGCUGAUGGCCAACCCGUCGCAUCUCGAGGCCGUCAACCCCGUCGUUGAAGGCAAGGCGCGCGCCGAGCAGGAGUAUCGCGGCGAUACGGAGCGCAAGAAGGUCAUCCCCAUCCUCCUCCAUGGCGACGCUGCGUUUGCCGGACAGGGUGUUGUGUACGAGUCGCUUGGCCUUGCGUCCCUGCCGGCCUACACCACGGGCGGAACCAUCCACAUCAUCGUCAACAACCAGAUUGGCUUCACCACAGACCCCCGUCUCUCCCGCUCAACCCCCUACUGCACCGACGUCGCAAAGAUGCUGGGCGCGCCAAUCUUCCACGUGAACGGUGACGACCCGGAGGCCGUUGUCCGCUGCUGCGAGCUCGCCAUGGAGUGGAGACAACAAUACGGCACGGACGUUGUUGUUGAUAUUGUGUGCUACCGCCGCCACGGCCACAACGAGGCCGACCAGCCUGCGUUUACCCAGCCGCUCAUGUAUGAGAGGAUUGGCAAGCAGAAGCCGACGCCACAGCUGUACGCCAACCGCCUCCUUGAAGAAGGCGUUGUGGACCAGGCGUGGAUUGAUGAGGUUGCCAAGGAAUACGAGCAGCGCUUGGCGACUGCCUUCGACAACGCCCCGAGCUUUACCAACGUGAGGCCGGAAUACUUUGGAUCUCGCUGGAACAAGCACCUGGUCAAGCUUGGCCUUGCCCCGCCACGCGAGACGGGCGUGGACAUCGACACCCUCAAGACCGUUGGCGUGCGCGCUGCGGAGUAUCCAGAUGACUUUACCGUGCACAAGGCGCUGAAGAAGGUUCUUGCUGCGCGCCGGGAGUCUGCUGAGGCCGGCGAAGGGAUUGACUGGGCAACCGCGGAGUCGCUUGCCUUUGGCACGCUCCUGCUUGAAGGCACGCACGUGCGGCUGAGCGGGCAGGACGUCGAGCGCGGCACGUUCAGCCACCGCCACCACGUGCUGCAUGACCAGAAGGAGGACAAGCGGCUGCACACUCCUCUGCAACACCUGGCGGAGGAAGGCCAGACCAACUACACCGUGUCCAACAGCCACCUCUCCGAGUACGCUGCGCUUGGGUUUGAGCUCGGCUAUUCGCAGGCGCACCCGAACCAGCUCGUGUGCUGGGAGGCGCAGUUUGGCGACUUCCACAACACGGCGCAGUGCAUCAUUGACCAGUUUAUUGUCUCUGGCGAGCACAAGUGGAAGCGGCAGUCUGGCCUUGUGAUGCUGCUGCCGCACGGGUACGAGGGCAUGGGCCCCGAGCACUCGAGCGCCCGUCUGGAGCGCUUCCUCCAGCUCUCUAACGAGGACGAGUCGGAGUACCCACCGAUGGCGCGCGAUGCCCGGAAGCAGAUUCAGCUGUGCAACAUCCAGGUGCUCAACUGCACGACCCCCGCCAACUACUUCCACGCCCUGCGCCGCCAGGUCUACCGCGACUUCCGCAAGCCGCUCGUCAUGAUGACGCCAAAGAGCCUCCUCCGCCACCCGCUCUGCAAGUCGUCGUUUGAGGAGAUGAAGCCCAACACGCGUUUCCGCCGCUUCAUCCCCGAGGAAGAUGACAACGUCCUCGCAAAUCAGAACAUUCGCCGGCUUGUGCUGUGCUCUGGCAAGGUGUACUACGACCUGCUGCAGCACCGUGAGGAGAACAACAUCACCGACGUUGCCAUUGGCCGCGUUGAGCAGAUCAGCCCCUUCCCGUUUGACCUCGUCCACAAGCAUGCGGAUGACUUCCCCAACGCGGAGAUUGUGUGGUGCCAGGAAGAGCCGCGCAACAUGGGCGCAUGGACAUAUGUGCGUCCGCGCAUCGAGACUGCACUCAGCAAAUCCACACACCACGCCGGCGACCGUCCCAGGUACAUUGGCCGCACCCCGUCUGCAUCUGUUGCCACGGGCGACAAGAAGACGCAUCAUGAUGAGCAGGUCAAGCUGGUCAGCGAGGCCCUCGAGUAAAUGACACGUGUCUGCUGUUGUUGUUGCUGCUGUUGUUUGCCCCGUCCUUUUUUCCUUUCUCUGAUUGUCUUGUUUCGUCGUGUGGUCGCCUGUCUCUGGUGGCUGUUUGUUUGUGCCGUCUUGUUUGUGCCUCUCGCUGCCCCUGUGGACAUGUGCUUGCAUGCGCACACACGCGCACGCGCAUACCUUGCUGCCUCCAUUCCGUGCUUGGUUGGCGUCUUUGUUGUUUCGUGCAACCAGCUUCAGACACGUUGCUUUGCGUUUUGUGUCAUGACUUGUUUUGCUACUGCGUCUCUCUCUUUUCCUCUCGUGUGCAUCCAUGGUCACCACAAGCAGUGUGCGUCCGUGUGCUGGUGUGAUGGCGUGUUGGUAUUGCACGCGUGUGGCCGUGAGUCGAAAACAAAGGAAGCGAGCUCUAUCGAACCAAA